AGGGAGGCCGGCGGCGCAUGCGCAGAGCGGCGGGAGCCCAGCUGGCCCAGACACCAGGGAGCCCAACCCUCAGCACAAGGUCAACACCCUCAGACCGUGAGCCCGUUGUCGGGUAGGGAUCGUCUCUAUCAGUUGCCGAAUCGGACUUUCCGAGCGCCUGGUCCAGUGCCGCGCGCACGGUGAGGCCAAUCAAAGGCAAAUAAAUAGUCACAAGACUCACAAGAGAACGGAAUUUUAAGGAAUGGCAACGGGAGACUUGAAAGGGAGCUUACGCAAAGUGGAACAUGGACUUCGUUUGCUGAAUUAUCCCAGAGAGGUGGAUUACGCGGGACCGAGUUUUGAUCAUACGCCCCUUUUGGAAUCACAAAAUUCAAAGUCGACGUUUCCCAGUUGGGAAGGAGUUUCCGAUCAUCUUUUUAAACCCCGCCUCAGAAUGGUCAAGGGAGAUCCUGCAGCCUUUCUACCCAUCAUCAGCUACGCUUUCACGUCCUACUCAACUUGCAUCGCAGAACUGCUGGUGGCUUCAGGCGUGGAACUCAUAGGGAAGAACGACGUGCGCUUUCUAGACGCUGUCUACAAGCUUCUUCGGGAUCGAUUUCAGUAUAAACCAAUUCUAACGAAGCAUCAGUUUCUCCAGUGUGGAUUCGCAGAACGGAAAAUUCAGAUCGUUUGCGAUAUUAUGAACUCUGUGAUGAAGAGACAUAAGGAAUUGUGCAAUCUUAAUAAGGUUAAAUCACAGCCCAAAAGGAAGGGGACUUCCAAGUCAGAUUCUCAGGGAAAUUUUGAAGACCAUUUUGCUGAUCCUGUUAUCGUCGACAUCACCGGCGAGGUUAUGACUUCUGAACAGAAAAAAGCUACAGUGGAGCGUCACCCUGAUAAGGAAGACAAUGUGGAAUUUCCUAGUGCCCGUUCAAUAACGGAAGAUAACAGAGAAACGGAUAUGCCGGGGAAAGAGGUUAUUGAAGGCACGUGUGAGCAACAAGAUCCAGAAUUUAGCACUCAGAUCGCAGCCCUGCAGAGAGGACUUGUCGAAUGCCAAGACAAGCUUGACAGACUGAGUAGGAUAGAGGAUAAAUUACACAGUUUGGAAGAACAGUUGAAAGGAAAAGUGAUUAUAGAUGAAAAAGCCUGGAAUAAUCUCCUAAGCCGUGUUCUCCUUCUUGAAACGGAACUGCUUUUGCAGCCUAAAAAGAACGAUCCGUCUGAGUUUAACGAAGGGAGAAAAGAACGUACAUCAGUCAAGAACACGGAUCUCACGUCCACUGAUCGAGAGAGGAAAGAGGAGAUGCCAGAGAACCUUCAUCUUCAGUCGUCUGGCUACAGCUCGCUAUUAUCCCCAGACCCAUCUCCCCGAACUACGGCCAUUAAUUACAGCGGUUUGACAGAGGUUUCAGAGGAGACGACGAUGCAGAAAGUGGAAAGGAUAGGAAAAAUGAUUCAAGAAACCGCCGAGCUGUUGAAACAUUCAAGUAACCCGUCGUAAAGUUUUCCGCUGGGACUUCCCGGAAGGGACGCGGAGCACUUCCACAGAACCAAAGUUGUCCGGUUUUAAGGAGGCGGGGUUAAUUCUGCCGUCGGCAUUGGGAGCUCACGUUUGGUUUGUAAGCAGUUUUUCUUUCAUUAUUAAAUAUAUACCCUUUCAAUUC